AUGAGUAGAUCAAAUUGCAGGCCAGCCUCGAGUGAUAUGACAGCAAUUAGACCAGCUUCAGGUAAAAGUCAUAACAUCGGCCAUUACAUUAUAUCAGAUACCAUAGGUGAAGGGAAUUUUGGUAAAGUUAAGCUUGGAACUCAUGUUUUAACAGGUGAAAAGGUAGCUGUUAAAAUUUUUGAUAAAUCCAAAAUAACAGAUAACGAAGACAUGAUCAGAAUCACCAGAGAAAUCGAAAUAUUAAAAGACAUAAGGCAUCCUAACUUAUGCCAGCUUUUUGAAACUGUUGAGAACUCCAAGCAGAUUUACCUGAUAAUGGAAUACAUCAGUAAUGGAGACUUGCUUGAGUAUAUUAUUAAAAACAGAAAACUUGCUGAGCCUCAAGCUAAGAAAUUUUUCUGUCAAAUUUUAAGAGGGAUCGAAGAGCUGCACAAAUUGAAUAUUUCUCAUCGAGACUUGAAGCCAAAAAAUAUCCUUAUUGAUGAUGAUUUUAACUUAAAAAUUGUAGAUUUCGGGCUCAGCAGAAAACAUGAAUCUGAUGAGUUUUUAAAAACUUCAUGUGGCAGUCCUUCAUAUUUGGCUCCAGAAGUUUUAAUAGGGAAAGAAUAUGAUGGAAAUAAAGCUGAUAUUUGAAGUUGUGGAGUGAUUCUCUUCGUUAUGCUGUGUGGGUAUCUUCCAUUUGAUGAUACAAACGUAGCAUCUCUUUAUAAAAAAAUUGUUGCUAAUUCAUACUACUUUCCUAAGUGAAUUAGCGCUGAAGCAAAAGAUUUGAUUAGAAAUAUUCUUAAAGCUGACCCUAAAGAGAGAUUAACAAUUGAAUUAAUUAGAAAGCAUGAAUGGCUUAAUGGGGAAAAUCUAGAUGAUGAUGAGGCUUAUGAUGGGAGAGAUGCUAUUGAUGAGACGAUUUUUAAUCAAUUAAGAAUGAUUGGGUUUAAUAUUACUGGAUUAAAAAAGUCUUUAUUGAAAAAUAAAAAAACUCAUCUUACAGCUACCUAUUAUUUGCUGUAUAAUAAGAAAAAACUGUCAAAGAAAAGCACUGAACCAAAAGAAAAAUUAAAAAAUAUAGUAAAUAAAGAGGAAAAAUUAUGCAAUACAGUCAAAAUUAGAGAUAAAUUAAAUAGCAAUCCUUAUGUUCUUAAGACACCGAUUGACCUACUACAAAAGUAUCAGAAAGUGAAGCAAGAUAAAAGUCGAUCAAAAACCCCUUCAGAAGAUAGGAGCUAUGGAGUUCGGUCUAUUUCUCCAUACUCAAGAAUUAUGCAUAAAAUUUUGCCAUCAAGCAAAGCUAGCACAAAUACAACAUUUCUUCCAACUCAACCGCUUAAGCCAUUAAGUAAAACUUACAUAGGGAGUAACCAUUAUAAAAUAGUCAAAAGCUCAUACAGUCCUGAAUCUACUCUUAAUUCAGCUCGCAAUUCUCAAGUGAGAUCAAAAUUGAUACGGCACUAUAGAAAUCAGACUCCUUCCAAUUUUUCUAAUGAUUUAACUACUAAUUAA